GCAGGCGAUAGAGUGAUGGUGAUGGACUAAACCAACCUAUAGUAUACCUAAACUCUUUCAUUCUCUAUAUAUAUUAGGGUUUUAAUUUAACGCAGCUUUUGUUUUAUUAGUAUCUCGGUCCCUUUUAUUACACAAUGAGCAGAAACAGCGAUGAACCCGCGAUGACUGAAGAAGCACCAACCAAACAGUCCCUAGCGAACAUCUUCUCUUUGUUCCGCAAAAUCAAUUUUCAACUCCCUUUCCUCCCACCCAAACCUGAAGAACCGAAGCUUGAGGCUCAGGCUCAGCAGGAGGGUCCGAAGCCUGGCCGUGUACAGUUUCCGAAAAGCCAAGUGGCGCUGAUUGCUUCUUCGCCUCUGCAAGCUGAACCUGAUGCUGACCACUCUCCCGCUGCCAAGACAACCAAUCCUCUUAUUCUCUGGCAGAUUUAUGCAAUAGGAGCGAUUGCGAUUUCAUCAUGGGUUUGGGCAAGGUGGAAUGAGAGGAAGGGCCGAGGGGGGUCUCCCAGUGAUGAGAGGGGUGAAGGAAGACAUUCUGAUGAUGGAAAUCAGUGAUCUUAUGGCGAUGAAGAGAAAUUUUCAUUAGCUGUAUACAGUGCUAUGUCAAUACUCUCACAUUCUCAGGAUGAAUGAAAAUUUGUUUCAUUAACAAGAGUCACUGAAUUGGUCAUAUUUUCUUUUUAGUGUCAAAUGAUGACAUCGAUUCUUUCUC